AUGGAUAACUUGAUCACCCUCGUCAACAAGCUGCAGAGGGCCUGCACGGCUCUCGGAGACCACGGAGAGGAGAGCGCCCUCCCGACGCUCUGGGACUCGCUGCCGGCCAUCGCCGUCGUCGGAGGACAGAGCUCUGGUAAAUCCUCUGUGCUGGAGAGCGUGGUUGGGAAGGAUUUCCUACCGAGGGGUUCAGGCAUUGUAACCCGGCGGCCGCUGGUGCUGCAGCUCCACAGAAUUGAUGGUGACAGGGAAUAUGCUGAGUUUAUGCACCUUCCGAGAAAGAGAUUUACAGAUUUUGCUGCUGUGAGGAAGGAGAUAGCUGAUGAAACUGACAGAGAAACAGGCCGUUCAAAGCAAAUAUCGUCUGUCCCUAUCCAUUUAAGCAUAUUUUCUCCACAUGUUGUGAAUCUUACUCUUAUUGAUCUUCCUGGGCUUACUAAAGUAGCAGUUGAGGGCCAACCGGAGAGUAUUGUUCAGGACAUUGAAAACAUGGUUCGCUCAUUUAUUGAAAAGCCAAAUUGUAUCAUUCUGGCUGUUUCCCCAGCCAAUCAGGACCUUGCUACUUCUGAUGCAAUCAAGAUUUCGCGGGAAGUUGAUCCCAAAGGUGAAAGGACCUUUGGUGUGCUUACAAAAAUUGAUCUGAUGGACAAGGGUACCGAUGCUGUUGAUAUACUGGAAGGAAGAUCUUACCGUCUCCAAACACCGUGGGUUGGUGUUGUUAAUCGAUCCCAACAAGAUAUCAACAAGAAUGUGGACAUGAUUGCUGCUAGGCGUAGAGAGCGAGAGUAUUUUGCAACUACACCAGAAUAUAAGCACAUGGCUUCUAGGAUGGGAUCUGAAUAUUUAGGAAAGAUGCUUUCAAAGCAUCUGGAACAAGUGAUCAAAUCAAGGAUCCCAGGGCUCCAAUCUCUUAUAACAAAGACAAUUGCAGAGCUGGAAACUGAACUUAAUCGACUUGGAAAACCCAUUGCUAAUGAUGCUGGUGGGAAGCUGUACACGAUCAUGGAAAUAUGCCGUAUGUUUGACAGUAUCUACAAAGAGCAUCUGGACGGAGUGCGUCCUGGUGGAGAGAAAGUUUACCACGUCUUCGACAAUCAAUUUCCUGUUGCUAUUAAACGAUUGCAGUUUGAUAAACAACUCUCUAUGGAAAAUGUGAAGAGGCUUAUAACAGAAGCUGAUGGAUACCAGCCUCACUUGAUAGCUCCAGAACAAGGAUAUCGACGCCUUAUAGAAUCUUGUCUUAUUAGCAUCAGAGGUCCUGCUGAGGCAGCUGUUGAUGCGGUCCAUGCAAUUCUGAAGGACCUUGUCCGGAAGGCUAUCAAUGAAACACAUGAGCUGAAGCAGUUUCCCACCCUUCGUGUGGAAGUAGGCAAUGCAGCUUUUGAGUCAUUGGAUAGAAUGAGGGAUGAAAGCAAGAAAAAUACAUUAAAGCUAGUUGACAUGGAAUGCAGCUACUUGACAGUAGAUUUCUUCAGGAAGCUUCCUCAGGAUGUUGAGAAGGGUGGAAAUCCAAGCCACUCUAUUUUUGAUAGAUAUAAUGACUCUUAUCUUAGACGAAUUGGACAAACUGUUCUGUCAUAUGUUAAUAUGGUGUGUUCGACCUUGAGGAACUCCAUCCCAAAAUCUAUUGUUUAUUGCCAAGUGCGAGAGGCCAAGCGCUCGCUGCUCGAUCACUUCUUCACUGAACUGGGAGCAAGAGAGAUGAAGCAACUUUCCAAACUUCUCGACGAAGAUCCAGCAGUCAUGGAACGCAGAACUAACCUUGCAAAGAGGCUGGAGCUGUACCGGAGUGCCCAAUCGGAAAUUGAUGCAGUUGCAUGGUCCAAAUAG